UUGAUUUCAUUCCAGAGGUCCAAAAAUAAUGUCAGCAGUGAACAUAUGUUUAAACCACGUCAAAUACUUCUGUUUACAGAAGCUGUAAACUGAAAAACACUACAGUACAGAAUUUAACAGUCUCCUCCUCCUGUCAGUCCCUCUCAUUUUCAGUCACAUAUUAAAGGACUCCUUCAGCACCUCCUCAUCCUCUGAAUUCUCAUCAGUCAGCAGUAAGGUCAUUUUACAAGUUCAAAUAACACUGACAUCAUGCUUGGGACCCUCUUCACUCUCAUCACUGCUCUAACAUGUGUGAGCGGUGCGACGGUGCUGACACAAAAGCCUCCAGUUCUGACAGUGAGAAAAGGAGAGACAGCCACCAUGGACUGUAACCUGGGGACUGUUGUUAAUACUGUUUAUUGGUACAAACAGAUUCCAGGAGGUGUUCCUCAGUGGGUGCUGUAUUUCUAUCACAGCUGGAGUUCACCAAGCUAUGGUUCUGGGUUUUCAUCUCCAAAGUUCACAUCAACUCAUCAGUCAACAACAGAUUAUCGUUUAAUCAUCAACAAUGUAGAAGAGCAAGACUCUGCAGUUUAUUACUGCAAAACACGGGAAAACAACAAGGCUGUAUUCGGACCGGGAACCAAGCUGUUUGUCACAGGCUCCAGUCUCCCUCCUCCUGUCCUGACUGUUUUCCCUCCAUCCAAGGCUGAGCUCCAGUCCAACAAAGCCACUCUGCUCUGUCUGUCCACUCAGUCUGGACCUUUUGCUGAUGUGAACUGGUUGGUUGAUGGGAGUCCAGUAAGCAGUGGGAUCUCUACCAGCACUGCUGUUCAGAAACCAGACCAGACUUUCCACAUCAGCAGUUCUCUGUCCAUCCAGACAUCAGACUGGAACAUGAACAAGGUCUACGCCUGUAAAGUGUCUCUGGGCUCCCAGACUGCAGAGAAAACCAUCAACAAGUCAGAAUGUCCUGCUGAAGAAUAGCAGAAGAUCAUAAUCAUCAUUUAUAAUCUGUUUUGUUUCUGUUUGCUUCUUACAUGAUUUAGAAAGCUUGCUUCUCUAUUUAGUUUUUAUUUGACAACUAUUGUUCUCUUGACCUUCUUUUGCAUUAAUAAAUCAUUAUUACAUUGGAAAUAA